CUGUCUGUUUUGUAUAUACUGGCGCGGAUAUGUAAAACUUAUCAUAUUCUAUACUUAGUAUCACUCACUUGGCACUGAAUCAUCCACAAUCAUAUAGCUUCAAUACGUAUGGAUGAACAUGAAACAAUAUGAAAUGAUAUAAUACGAACCCGAGGAUCCAAAACUUGUGAGGAAGAUUUAUAUACAGCAUGUUGGAUUAAAGUUUCCGGCGUAUCGAAAACAAUGACUAACUGUUUGGACCAAAAAUUAGCUGCCAUGCGUCCACCUUCUAACCCUAGUUACUUGUUAAUUUAAUAUAUCAUUUUCAAUUUUUAAAACUAAUUUUAAACAUUGAAAAAACUCAAACCCUUCAAGUUCCCCAUCAGCCAAACCCCUCAAACAAGUAAACAACUACCCACCCACGCCACCCCCUUCAAUUGAUUCUUCGAGUGUCGAGAGAUCGAGAGAAACAUGGCGAGGAAUGAUGGGGUUAUGAUACGACAGACUUUGUUUCGAAUUGGAAAUGGCAUAGGCAAUGGCUCCUAUGGCCCCUCUUCCUUCCAAGUUCUUCAUGGUCUUCACAGUUUUCCAAAUUGUAUCAAAACCCUAAAAGCCCUAACUUUGAUCCCAACCACACCGUCUUUGUCCCUGUCGAUUCAUGCUACUUCCACACCCAAAUCACCCGUCUUGCUCGAUUCCCCUCAUUUUCUGCAACACCAAAGACGGCUGUCCUCAGCCCCCGCCCCGUCCAAGUCCCCGUCCCCGUCUAGAGCCCCAGCAAUUAAAUUUCCAAGUCCCGCAGACAUCGUCGUCUUGUGGAAAGAGGAUGAAGUAGAGAGAGCUAUACAAAAAGUUAAAGAUGGACAAUUGGCAGCAGUUUUCUACUUUGCUAUGCCGACGUCUUAUAAUUCCAAUCAUUUUGGAUCUCCAACGGUUCGAAAAAUGAGGGAGCAAAUCCCACAUGUAACAGUGUACAAGUAUGUGUUUACUUCUAAGGGCUACUCGCCGGAUAUGAAUAUUACCACUACGCCAACAUUCCGUUUCUAUCAAAAUGGGGAAAUGGUAGAUGAGAUUUUUGCCAAUCCCUAUCAAAAUAGGAGGGCAGAUGAGAUUCCCAAACUCGUGAUCGAAACUUGUGAAAAACUGUACAGGCAUGUCAUCCGGGUUGAAAGCACUCAACCUAUGAGCUCACCUGGGAAGGGGAAGGGGAAAAGGAAGAGGAGAACACAUCAACAACUUGUCGUACAAGCUAAGACGGACAAAAAUGAAAAUGACAAAGUAGUUUCUUUAGGAGUGGGGAAGGUGGGAGAUGCGCUAUUGUCACAGAGGAGAGGUGCUGCGACAUCAUCAGAACUUAGUGAUCGCCCUAUUGAAGCGGCUGAUAGUAUUAGCAGUGCACCUUCACUUGAUGAAGCAGUGGAGGCUGUUGCAUCAACUUACCCUGGGCCGCUUUACAAGGGGUGUCUGCGGUGGUAUGCAAAAGGGGUGUUUAAAGCCAACCCUGAGAAGAUAGCAAUGUUCCUAAAGGUUGCGAGAGGUGACAAGGUUGCGAGAUAUGAUAAGGUUGCUUGGCUGCUAAGGGACGUGGCCGAGGAUUAAGUUGGGCUUGGAUUGGACCGGAUCCGAUGUACUCUGAUUAAAAAAACCGUCCCUACUAUUGUGCUUAAAAUUUGGUCUUAUGUUGUACUCUAAUCAAAUAAUCGUCGGACUAAGAUUGAUUAAUGCUGGAUAUUUAUCAUAUGAUUAUGUUUUGCCCUUU